AUGACGGAAGAACCCAUGUCGUCUAGCAGGCGUAUUCAACUGCUGCGGGAGCGGCUUGAGAUGUACAACGCAACGAUAGCAGAGGCCAUGGGUGUUGUUGCGGGUGUCACCAGUGUAGAGAGAAAUGCCGCUCCCACCACCAAAACAACUGCCAAGCAGCGCGUAGACGAGGCGGAGAGUAAAGGCAAAGAGAGCGCACCACGACUGGAACGCGAUCUUGCUGCUGAGUUCAGCGCAGCGCGGGCAUUCAGCGGUGACUCUCGGCGGUAUGAGAAGAGAACAGUGCCCCCACCACCAUCACCACCGGAGGAGGCAAAACCAACAAAUACAAAUACAAAUACCACCGCCACCACAACAAGAGUAGUGCCAGCAACUCUGGCAACAUCAAGUAGUACAGCUUCCACCUCGGAAUUAGACUCCUCUACACUGUUUUCAGAUGUUGAUGAUGAACCAUUUGUGAAUCCAUAUCUGAAUGAACCAGUUCUACAAGGGGAAAGUGCCGCAUAUGGGAGUGAGAGUGAACGCAACAAAGAGCAACAACAUUCACGGGCCGCAGCAUCGAGACCUUUUGAUGAAAAAAUGAAAAAUAUUAUCCCUCUUGCUUCAUCCAGUGGGAGUUCUGCUUCUGAAGGCUCGAUAUCACCUAACCCAUCCUCUGCGAUGAUGUUUCAAAAACAAAAUAAAGAAUCAGAAGAAUACGAACAACAACAACAACAACAAGAUGGAAAAAAAGAGGAUUCUAGGGAGGGUAAAACGAUAGACGAAGAAUCAAAGGAGGAAAACACAGAUGAAGAUGCGAAGUUACCCUUUGUUAAUUUAGAAACCGCAUACUACAGACUUACUUUAGCAGAACAAGCACUUCAAAAACUUACUAGUACGCUUGACAUUGAUCUCUUUCCGCGCUCGCUGCCACAACAGAAACAUUCACAACAAUUGGCGGAUGCCCGUGAUAGUCUUCUACGGCGUGAACAAGAGCUGCGCCGCCGCGGCACGAAUGGUGUUAGUCUAAACACUAUUUAUGAAACCAGUGCGGUUAGCGUGGCGCAGCAGGUGCGUCAACUGCUUGCGGACUGCGGGGCCGCCCAGUCGCUCUUUGCCCGCGUGCACGAGCGGCGGGCUGCUGUCGCGGCGAAGGAGGAGUUGCUGAAGCAGCGGCUCAGCGAACUGGAGGCGCGGCAGCGGGAGACGGCGGAGCGGCGGCAGGCACUCGCAACACUUCAGCGCCGCACGGAGCAGCGGGAGUCGCAACUGCAGCAGCGCGAGGCGAAUUACCGCCGGGAGUUGGAUGCCCACAAGGCACGGGAACAGGCACUGCAGUCGCGGCUCACUGAGGUGGAGGCACUCGGCCGCCGCGCGGCGUCGUGGAUGAAAAUUCUCGACGAGCGCGACGCCACAACGGCGGCGAAGGAGCGGCGACUGCGGCGUGUGCAGGCGGAUUUAGUGCGACGCUCAGAGGAACUGCUCUGCUGCCGCAAUGCCCGCAACUCAAAAUACACACAGAACCAAAACCAACAAGAACAACAACAACAACAACAGCAGCAGACACGUGUGCCGUCGCGGCGGGCAAGUAGUCCAUAG